CACGCGACAGGAUGACAAGAUGGCGGUGACUGUAAAGCCGGAGGAGCUACCGUGAAGGGGAGGAGAGAAAACAUCAUCAUGCCCUGGGAGGGUACCGUUUCUCCACUCACCAUGGUUUCCAUGGUGAUAUGAAGCCCAUGUGAAAGGUUCCCACACACACACACACAGAGAGACACACUGACUCGCACAGAUAGACAGUUGGUGAUCGCCCGGCACGGUGUGUCGGGUGUGUGUAAUGGACAGGUGUAAGCAUGUGGGCCGGCUGCGGCUCGCCCCCGACCACUCCAUCCUCAACCCCCAGAAGUGGCACUGCGUCGACUGCAACACCACCGAGUCCGUCUGGGCCUGCCUGGGCUGCGCCCACGUCGCGUGCGGACGCUACAUCGAGGAGCACGCCCUGCAGCACUUCCAGCAGCAGCGCCACCCACUGGCCAUAGAGGUCAACGAACUCUACGUGUUUUGUUACUUGUGCGACGACUACGUUCUGAAUGACAACGCCACCGGAGACCUCAAGCUGCUCCGCAGCACGCUCAGCGCCAUCCAGAGUCAGCACUAUGAGGUGACCACCCGCAGCGGGCGCACGCUGCGCUCCGUGGGCGCGGCGCCGGACGCCCUGGUACCGUGCGUCGCCCGCGAGCUGCAGCUGAGGGAUGAGGACCGGAUGUUUACUGCCCUCUGGCACCGCCGCCGGGCGCUUAUGGGACGUGUAUUUCGCUUUUGGUUCGGUCUGACCGAAUGUGGGAGGAAGAGGGUGGAGGAGGAGAGAAAGAGGGAGGAGGAGGAGCAGAAAAGGGAGGCCCGGGAGAGGAGGCGUGCUCUCAAGAGGCAGCUACAGGAGGAGCUGGAGAACGCUCCCGUCAGGAAGAGCAAGCGCAUACGCCGGAAAAGCCAGAGAGUGGCGAGCGCUGCGACCACACCUCCCAUCUUUAAGAACAGGACUCGCAGCAAGACGAAACCUCCUCCCCCUCCGUCUCACGCCCGCACACCCAGGACUCGAAGUGACGCCACUGCCAGCACCAAGAAGCCCGUACGGACCAAAAAGACUCAGCCCACCCCCAAAACCAGGAGCAGCUCCUCCAGCACCAGAUCAAAACCCAAAACCAGCUCCAGCGCCCCUCGAGCCGCCCAGACCUCCUCCCGCCGCAAACAGAGCAGCAAGCAGGGCGGCUCGCCGUUCAAGCGGCGUCCCACGGUCACCCCCGGGGUGACGGGCCUGAGGAACUUGGGGAACACCUGCUACAUGAACUCCAUCCUGCAGGUGCUCAGUCACCUGCACGUCUUCAGGGAGUGUUUCCUGCGCCUGGACCUGACCCAGGCCCUGGAGCUGCUGGCGUCCGCCGUCCACGGCCAGCUGACGGGGUCCCCCCUGGCCCAGAGGAAGGGGCUCCAGACCAGCUCCGGGUACGGGUCCGGGGUGGGGCUGAGCGGCGGGGCGUCUCGGGCCCAGAGCAUGGAGCUGAUCCAGCCCAAAGAGCCCAGCUCCAAGCACAUCUCGCUCUGCCACGAGCUGCACACCCUGUUCCAGGUCAUGUGGUCCGGCAAGUGGGCGCUGGUGUCGCCGUUCGCCAUGCUGCACUCGGUGUGGCAGCUGAUCCCGGCGUUCCGGGGCUACGCCCAGCAGGAUGCCCAGGAGUUCCUGUGUGAGCUGCUGGACAAGGUGCAGCAUGAGCUGGAGAGCACCGGAACGCACACCACCGGCGCCAGCGUGCCGCUGACGCAGAAGAGACUCAUCAAGCAGGUGCUCAGCGUGGUCAACACCAUCUUCCACGGCCAGCUGCUCAGCCAGGUCACCUGCCUGGCCUGCGACCAUCGCUCCAACACCGUGGAGCCCUUCUGGGACCUGUCUCUGGAGUUCCCCGAGCGUUACCACAGCAACAGCAGGGAGUCGGCGGCUCAGGCCUCCUGCCACCUGACCGAGAUGCUGGCCAAGUUCACCGAGACCGAAGCUCUGGAGGGAAACAUCUACGCCUGCGACCAGUGCAACUCCGCCAGACGCUGGACGUCCUCCAAACCGGUGAUCUUGACCCAGGCACAGAAACGACUGAUGGUCCACAAGCUGCCUCAGGUCCUCCGGCUUCACCUCAAACGCUUCAGGUGGUCUGGGAGGAACCACCGGGAGAAGAUCGGGGUCCACGUCAGCUUCGAUCAGCUCCUGGACAUGGAGCCGUACUGCUGCCGGGAGCCGGUGCCCAGCGGCGUCCCCGGCUCCACUCCCAGCAGCCCCGGCUCACCGCGCCCCAAGCACUUCCUGUACAAGCUGUCCGCGGUGGUGAUGCAUCAUGGGAAGGGCUUUGGCUCGGGCCACUACACCUCCUACUGCUACAACACAGAAGGAGGCUUCUGGGUUCACUGUAAUGACUCUAAGAUGAAUGUGUGCUCGGUGGAGGAGGUGUGUCGCGCUCAGGCCUACAUCCUCUUCUACACCCAGCGAGUGACGGAGGACAAAGACCGGCCGCUAUAGGACCAGCCAUCCCCCUCCUCCUCCUCCUGCAGGCGAUAUCAGCACAGCGCCCCCCACAGGCGCACCUUCUCCACCUCUUUUUUUGAAGAGGGCGGGUAUUUUUCUAUCCCCACCAGAUGUUAUUUUUUAGUCUAUUUUUAUAAACGAGUAAGAAGAAGAAAAAAACCCAAGAGGGAAAAGUUUUCCAAUCUGGCCGUGCUUCAGAAAUUCUUGUACAUGGUGUUCAUAUGUAGGUAUUUUCAAACAGAGAGAAAGUUUUGUGAUUUAUGUACAGCUGUAUUUUAUAAGAAGAGUAUCAACCAAGAUGUGUCUCAGUAGCAGCCAGCAGAUGACAGACGGACAGGAAAACAGGCUCCUCGAUUGUAACUGCUGUUCUGGGGCUGAUUUAGUAGCAAAAUGAGGUGUGUGUAUGUGUGUGUGUGCGUGCGUGCGUGCGUGCAUGGGGAGCUGUGUGUGUCUGCAGUGAGCUGUGUGUGUUAAUUAGUUUUGUCCAUAUGUAAUCUGUUAGGUGUGUGUUCACACCUACAAGGACAUGUAAAUGUCUCCUUUCAGUCACGUUCAGGGGAUUUUGUGACACAAAUUUGAAACAGAGAUUUCUUUUGCCCUUGACCUUGACUGGCAGGCUCCCCCCUGUCAAGCUUUGUGCCUCCCAGUCUACACUGUGCCUCUUUAUCUAAAUAAUGUUGUUUAUUAUGUAUCUGUAACACUGUAGUCGUGCUCAGUGAUUCAGAAAAUAUUACAGGAAUUAGGAAGGAACUGCUUGACAGAAGUGAACCUGCAAGUCAUGACUGAGGGCUAAAUAAACGUGUAUUUAUUUAAAAGAAGAAGAAGAAGCCUCCCUGUUGGGAUUUGGGACAUUUCCAUGUUACUGUGGGUUUGAGGCUGUGCUGUAGUGCUCAGAGACUUCCUGAACUACGGAACUGAGCCUGCAAGUCUAGACUAAGGGCCAAAAAAACACAUCUUUUAUUAACAACAUUGUGCGAUCUGGGAGGUUUACAUGUCGUUUACAUAACGAAGAAGUACUGUAAUAGUGUUCAACGGUGAAGAACGUCGCGCCUGAUCUGUUUUUGUUUCGCUAUGCCCUCAGUUUGACUUGCAGGCUCAGUUGUAGUUCUGGAGAAAUUCUGCCGCGGCGUUUACGUUUGUGUGUCAUUCUGAGCACGAUGUGGUGCCGUAACGGCGUGCAGUGGUCCACAACGUAACACGCCAUCGCCGAGCCUUCGAGUCCGGACUGAGGGGACCAAGACCCAUAUUGUGGCUUCUCUGCAGGACAUUUACAGAUCCAGAUUUUACUACGAUGGAACACUAAGGAACAUGUGCACACAAACACACACGCUGGUCGCUUUGCCCCUUUAUUGGAGACCAGAUUGGAAAAGUCACUUUAGACAGGUGACACACCCAGACGGUUAGCGCCCUGAACGUCGCCCCCUGAUGGCGGGUUAAAGGUGCAUUCUAAAGGAGUCGGGAGCAAUCAGGAGCGCUCGUCGUGUUGGUCAUGUCUGCUGUAGGUUCUCUGAGGAACCUCCAUUUGAGUUUCAAUUCCACAUCAACUGGAAUAUUUCAAAGGUUUUUUGAUGUUUGUUCUUCAUUAAAUUCAUCUCAGAAGUCACGAGAAUCGAAAAAACUGAAGCAGAAUCUGAAAAUGUUCGAUCAAUUCUGAUGGUUUUAAUUUCACAUUUUAAAAUCCAAAUGGAUUGAAGCUUUUUUAAAAGCUGUUCUGUUCUGAGGAAGGUUCAUAAGCGCUGGAGGUUCUCCUGCUUCAUGCUCUAAUUCCUGUCCGAUCUUUACAAAUAAUGUCGAUUUAAUUUCAUAACUGCAAUAUAAAGUCCUGAAAGUUAAAAUUACAGCAUCUGGAAACAUAAAGCUAGAUUUAAAAAAACAAACAAGAAAAUCAGUGUUAAUGUGUGUGAAUCAGACUUCAGAACACAAACUGGCUGUUUUCAAGACAAACUGCAGGAUUUUCAAGCUUUCACGGCCGCUGUAGGUUCUCCUUGGCUUGUGUGGGUGAAUCGUACCAGAGUGGGAGUAACGGUUAGACUUUAUUUUUUUAUUGACUCAGAACCAUGAAAAUGGAGAGAAAAAAAAAACUCGUUGACCAGCGAACUCAGCCCCCCCAGAAUGUAAAACAGGAAGUGGCCUUUUCUCGUCCAGCAGAUCCAGUUUCUAGUUUUUUCUCUCACCAGCAUUUUGAGCCUGAAUGUAUUUUUCUACCAUCAUUUCUCAGAGGUGUUUUAUGUAUAUGUAUGCGUGUGUGUGUGUGUGUGUUCCGUCUGAGCACCAGCAGCAGUGUGACGCCCCGCUCUCACGGUUAUCUGUCAGCGGUUCAAUUCCCGCUCCUCUGACGUGUGUGUGAAUUUAUGGAAGUUAUACUAUGCAAAUUGUUACCUCAAGCUGUUUUCUAGAGAAAAUUACCUCAAUAAAUGAGAAUAUUUUUUCAUUUUUCUACGAAACGCAUCUGUCUGGUUUUUCUCUCUUCACACAUUUUUAUUUUUAUAGUUGAUAUGGUAAAUAUACAAACGUGAAUACUGUUCAAGUUUAGUGAAUGUUUGGGACAACUGUGCCAUAAUUAAGUUGUAUUUUGAUGUUCUUGGAUUACUUCCUGACAAAAAAAAAGUAAAUGGUGUCCUUAUUGCUGUAAAUUAUUUAAAUAAACUAUUUUUCAUAUAUAA